AUGAAGCUGUGUUUGUUGUGGAUAGCUGUUUCGGCUAUUUUUCGCACAUCAUUGGCUCAAGAGGGUUAUGAUUACCCUCGACCAAGUAAUCCUCUGAUUCCGGGUAGACCGGCACCAGGAGGAAGUAUUUCAAGGCCUGGUGGUCUAGGCGGUGGUUUCCCUUCAACCCCGUCAGGUGAAUAUGGAACUCCUUCUCCCUCAGAUGGAACACGGCCUACUGGAGGGUAUUCAUCUGGUGGCGGCAGUGGGUUACCUACGAGUGGUGGGGGUCCCGACAGUCAAACACCUUCCGCUGGCGGUAACGGCUAUUCUUCAAGUGGUAGCCCUGGAGGUCAAAGACCAUCAAGUAAUGGAAAUGGGUAUCCAUCGGGACGUCCUAGUGGCCAACGGCCGUCUGGUGGUGGAAGUGGAUUCUCUUCGGGAAGUCCUAGUGGUCAGCGUCCAGGCUCUACUGAUGAAGGAUAUCCCAGAGACAAACCAUUGGUUCCAUUUCCUUUACCAAAUGAAAGUCCAAAAUCUGGAACUGGCUUCCCUUCCACAACAGGCCCCAUAGGGCCAUCUCAACAACCACAGCAAGGUGGUGGAUACCCGAGUGGAAGACCGGGUGGUCAGGGAACAUCAGGAGGUUUCCCUAGUGGAGGACAAAGACCAGGAACUGGAUCACAAGGUCCAUCUAGUGGUAGCUACCCAGGUGGUCGAUCGAAUGAUGGGUUUCCUAACAGUGAUCAAAGCUCAGAAAUUGGAGGAGAAACAUCCUCUGGUUAUCCUAGUGGAAGUCCGAGUGGUGGAUAUCCAGGUUCAGGACAAGGCCAAAGACCAUCUACUGGAAGUACACAAAGACCUGGUUUUCCAUCGGGUAGACCAGGUGGGGGCGUUCAAAGUCCAGGAUCUUCUGACGAAGGCUAUUCUAGAGAUAGACCAACAGUUCCAUUCCCUCCACCGAAUGAAGGUCAAACUCAACGUCCUGGUACAGGUUUUCCUUCGACAUCGCGUCCAGGUGGACAAUCACAACGACCAGGCGAUGAAGGCGGAUACCCAACUGGAAGGCCUAAUGGUCAAGGAACACCAGGAGGUUUUCCCAGCGGAGGGCAAAGACCCGGAACUGGACCACAAGGUCCAUCUUCAGGUGGUUAUCCAGGGAGCCGACCGAGCGAUGAUUUUCCCAGUAGCGGUCAAAGACCAGGAGGAGGACAGCAGUCACCUUCUGGCUCGUAUCCAAGUGGAAGACCGAGUGGGGGAUAUCCCAGCUCUAAUCAAGUUCCUGGUUCUGGACAAGGUUCUCAGAGACCAUCAACUGGUGGUUCGCUAGGACCUGGAGGAGGUCAAAGACCGUCAGGGGAAGGUUAUCCUAGUAAUCGUCCCAAUAUUCCUUUCCCUACCGGAGAUCAAGGAGCACAGAGACCCAGCAAUGAGCGUCCUAGUGGAGGUUUUCCAUCAACAUCCUCUGCUAAUGGUUUUACUUCAACUUCAUCAAGGCCACGACCGCCAAAUGGUUUAUAUCCUACGCCAGAUGCCGGAUCAUCCAGGCCAUUAAAACCUUCUGGAUUCCCUAGUGGAAAUCAGCAACCUGGAGCACAGCGCCCAUCAGUAGGUGGAUCUAUUGACGAAGAAUAUCCUGGACCAGCCCCACCACAAGAACCUACGGGACCAUCUGGUGGAUACCCUAGUCAGAGACCGGGUGGCUCGCAAAGACCGGGAAGUUUUCCAGGUGGACAGAGUGAUCAGUUUCCACAAACCCCAAGUGGAUUCAAGCCGUCAGGUCCAGGAACAAGCAGUGGUGGAUAUUCAGGCUCUUCUGGACAAGGGCCAAGUGGCGGUGGAUAUCCUGGUACAUCUGGACAAGGGCCAAGUAGUGGUGGAUAUCCUGGUACAUCUGGACAAGGGCCAAGUAGUGGUGGAUACCCUGGUACAUCUGGGCAAGGUCCAAGCAGUGGUGGAUAUCCUGGUAUAUCUGGACAAGGAUCAAGUGGUGGCGGAUACCCUGGUACAUCUGGGCAAGGGCCAAGUAGUGGUGGAUAUCCUAGUACAUCUGGACAAGGUCCAAGCAGUGGUGGAUAUCCUGGUACAUCUGGACAAGGACCAAGUGGUGGCGGAUACCCUGGUACAUCUGGGCAAGGGCCAAGUAGUGGCGGGUUUCCAGGUACAUCUGGGCAAGGGCCAAGUAGUGGCGGGUUUCCAGGUACAUCUGGUCAAGGUCCUAGCGGUAGUAAUUUUCCUAGUACUUCUGGCGGUGGUACACCUGGCUUUGAAGGACAAGGCCAAGGACCAUCUGGCAGCGAAGAUGGAACUUAUAACGAGGGCGAUUAUUCGGCUAUACCUGGUGAACCUGGACAAGAUUAUCCCAUCUAUUCUGAAAUUCCUGAAACUAGUUUCAGCUGUGAUGCACAGCAAUACCCAGGUUAUUAUGCCGAUGUUGAUGCCCAAUGCCAAGUAUUUCACAUUUGUGCAAACAACAAGACAUACGACUUUUUGUGUCCUAAUGGCACAAUAUUCCAUCAGCAAUAUUUUGUUUGCGUUUGGUGGAAUCAAUUUGAUUGUAGUUCAGCACCAGAAUUAUAUUACUUGAACGAGAAUCUCUACGAUUAUACGAUAAUGGGUUCCCAGCAACAACCUGGUGGACCUAGCGGUCCUGGAAGUUUUGCAACUGGACCAGGAGGUCCUGGUGGACCAAGUGGUUUUCCGACUGGACCAGGAGGUCCUAGUGGGCCUAGUAGUUUUCCAACUGGACCAGGAAGUCCUAGUGGACCUAGUAGUUUUCCAACUGGACCAGGAGGUCCUAGUGGACCUAGUGGUUUUCCAACUGGACCAGGAGCUUCUAGUGGACCCAGUGGUUUUCCGACUGGACCAGGAGGUCCUAGUGGAUCUGGAAGCUUUUCAACUGGACCCGGAAGUUCUAGCGGGUCAGUUGGACGCCCGAAUAGUUAUCCUAGCGGUCCUGGUGGCCCUAGCGGAUCAGGUGGUUAUCCUAGUAGUCCUGGUAGUCCUAGCGGGCCAGGCGGUUAUCCUAGUGGCCCUAAUGGUCCUAGCGGACCGGGUGGCUACCCUGAAGGUCCUAAAGGACCAAGCGGCUAUCCAGGUGAUUCUGGAGGCUCUGGUGGUCCCAGUGGGCCCAGUGGCCCUGGUACUGGAUAUCCUAGUUCACAGUUAGGUUCAGAACAGCGGCCAUCACAACAACCAGGAGGUGGAAAUGAAGGUUAUCCAAGUGGUAGACCCACUGGUCCUGCGUUUCCUAGUGGAAGACCUGGUCAGACAGAGUCACCUUUUCCACCGGUAGGUCCAUCGAAACCAGACCGUGAAUACUUGCCACCUCGCGCUGGUUAA